GCUCAUUACGUCACGUGCCAAGCGCACAGGUAUAAAGCACUCUAACUGGUGUAUCCGGCUGAUUCUUGCGGUCAUUUGUCAACCCACUCGAGCAGAAGGAAGGCAACUUUACGUUACGAGUUUGGAGCAGCCUUCCAACAUGUUUAACGACCGUAAACUGGCUCACCAAGCGGCGAAGGCGCACAGGCAAGAGGUCCGUGCGGAGAGAAAGGAAGCGAAGCUCCACGUGAAGGCUGCACACGCCGCGGCCAGGGGGAACGUGCUUAGGGCGGUUCGACUGGAGUCCAGAGCUGCAAACGUGCACAACCGGGCUGUAGGGGCGCAUGCGCGGGAACAAGCGGCCCUGGCAGCCAUACACCACAAUCAUCAUCCCCACCCCGCUCCCACGGUGGUGCACGUGCACCACACGCACGUAAACACUGCGCCUCCGCUGAAUUACCCGACAGGCACUGCUGCCCCACCUCCAGCCUACCCCGCGGGAUCAGCGCCCUACCCCGGCACCCAGCCGGUUCCUCCGCAGCAGUACCCACCGCCACCCUACCCGGGACCUCCGGCGUCGGCUUACCCCUCCAGCCAGCCCGCCGCACAGCCUGCUUACCCACCUUCCCAGCCUGCUUACCCUCCGACCCAGCCUGCUUAUCCAGCCACCCAACAGGCUUACCCCGGUACCCAGCCCGCCUAUCCACCUACGUACCCGACAAAGCCUGCUUACCCUGGAUAUCCACAGCACUAAGGCUUAGUUCACAUUUCCAAACCGGGGCACGGCCGGGAUGUUUUAAGAAACGAAAAUUGUAUACCUA